CCGCACGUCGUCCGUCGGCAGCUGUCACUGACAAAUUCGUCUGCUUCGUGUAAAUUUGUGUGAUGAUCGAGUUUAGAUUUUUUUAUUUCUUGCAUAAAUAUGGUGUACAUUAACAGAUAAUGGAUCUUUUGAUUGCCUAUUUUAAUGUUAACUUAAUAAAUUGUGUAUAAGCAAGCUAAACUGUGUUGUUUUUGAUAUAAUGGAGGAUCUCAAUUUGACAGAAACCGAAAUGAGAUAUUUCGGUGAUUUGUUUUUAUGUUGUGACGAGGAAUCCAAUGGGAAAAUACCAAUUUUGAAAGCAACGGAACUAUUUAGAUCAUCUAAUGUACCUAACGAUAUCCUAAAACAGAUCAUGGAUAUAAGCGUGGCACCUAGUAAUUCAGCAUCGCUGAAUCAUAUGAACAGAAAACAGUUUUAUUCUACUUUAAAAUUAAUAGCAGCUCAUCAAACAAAUGUAGCAUUGAAGCCUGAACUGCUGUCCACUCCUCUGGAUCUGCCCCUGCCAAGGUUUACAUGGGCACUUAAUUCCGAGGCUAGCGCAGACUUAAUACAGUUAUCUAAUUCACCUAAGGAACAACAUAUCCCUAAGAGAGAAAGGAAUUUUACUAGUAACAUUGGAGCAUAUGAACCCAUAAGAUUACAGUCAAAUUUAUCUGAUAGUGACGUGCCACAGACGCUGUCUCAUGAUAACACAGAAGCUCUGAGCACCGACUCGGAAAUGGAGUCUGAAACAAUGUCACAGAGGUCAGACACACAUGGGCGACGAGGUAAAAAUGGAUCACCAUGGAGCACAGCCAGCGAAAGUCCUACGCCAACCAACAGUGUAGCAGAGCGAGUGCAUCCAGUGUGGGAGCAUAGUGCCACAGGCCGUGGCGUGUGGCCCGCCAACACUGGCGAGGAACACACAAGGCUACUGGGCACGGAGGAGGAAUCAUCCGACCGACAUUCAUCCGAAGAAGAGGGCGAGGCAGAAGGAGACGAGGCGUCGAGCGACGCGUGGAGCAUCAGCAACGAGCAGGCGCAGCAUUAUGCGGGGCAGUUCGCGCAGCUGCGGCCCGAGCGCGGGCUGCUGUCCGGACACACGGCCAGACUGUUCUUCGAAAAAUCCCGACUAUCCGUGCCGGACCUACGCAAGAUAUGGCAGCUGUCCGACAUCAACAAGGACGGCAUGCUCUCCUUAGAAGAGUUCAGCAUCGCCAUGCAUCUCAUAGUGCUGCGGCGGGCGGGAGCACCCGUCCCCGCGACCCUGCCCGCCGCCCUGGCCCCCAGAGGAGACCCCAGGUAUUCCCAACCCACUACAGACCUAGUAGACCUAGGGGCCGACAUGUUCGGCUCCGGGACCUCCGCCGAUUUCAACUUCGCGCCUAAAACGGAAGCGCCCGAUCCGUACGAAGCGAAACCGAAACCUGACGACCGCGGGCCCUCCCUCACCCCGCCGAAGCCCGACCCCCAAGUCAACAACAAAGAGUGGACGAAGUUCGUCGACUCGCCGACUUCGAGCGUCUCGAGCCCCGGCCCUAAACCGGUCAACUUCGACUUCCACAAGUCCGCGCUAGAGCGGGACCCGAAGAUAUAUCACCCGGUAGCGUUGAGAGUGACUCCGGACGUAACGGUACCUCACGGGGACGAGCUCCGCUCGAGCACGUCGCCGAGGCGGGACGACUUCGCCCACGCCUUCGAGCUCGCCAGCCCGAAGCGGCCGAAUCCACCGGCCGAACCCGCGCCCAACGGGGCGCCGCAAGAAAUCAAAUCGAUCCAACGCCCGCAACCCAAGAAACCUUUAAAAAGUGCCGGCGUUUUACCCCCACCGCCGGCGCGGGAAUCUUCAGUGCACGCGGACGACGGGCCCGCUUCUUUACAGUACGCGCCGAAGAAGGAGCCGCCCCCGCCGCCGCCGCCGCGGCCGCUCCGCAACCACGCGCGCUCCAGCUCGCUCGACCUCAACCGCUUCAAAACCGCGCCCCCGCCGCCGCCUCAGCCGCCGCCGCGCAUGUCGCCGUCCGCCGCCUCGCCGCCCGCGCGCCGCCUCGUCAACCAGCGCAGCGAGGGCGAGCCCGCGUUCGCCCCGAGGGGCGAGUACGACGGCGAGGGCUUCGGGUACAACAGGGAGGACGCGCCGAAGAUGCACGGGGCGUUCGAGGUGUACCGGAAACCUAGUCGCGAGGGCUCGGAGGAGCCGAGCGUGCGGGCGCUGCAGGAGCAGAACGCGGUGCUGCACCGCGUGUGCCGCGCGCUGUGCGCCGAGCUGGCCGACGUGGCGCGCGAGCGCGAGCAGCUGCGCGUGCGCCUGCUGCCGCGCGACGCGCUGUAGCG